UCUCAUGGCCUUGGUGUGCAGUAUAAAAUGUAGUUGCUGAAAAGGUUGUCACACACAUUAUACAGUGUCUGAGCUAACCGCAGCAUAUGGCAGAAAUGUGGACGAUCCUUCUCUUCGUCGCCGCUCUGGUCGCCUGGCCGGACUCAUCGCAAGGUCAACCUGUCUACCUGACGACCCACGACGGAUGGUCAUUUUAUAAGAUUCCUGUCUCCGGCCAGAUGACCAAUGCCAACGUCAAGGCCACGUGUGAGGCGGCCGGGAUGAGCUACCCGUGUCACUACUCAGGUGGUGGCAGGUGUACUCACCACUGGACAUCAGGCUGCAUCAGGUUCAGGGACGACGGUGUCAUCUGUGAUACCCAAGAUCUCCUCUCUCCAAACCUGUGUGGAAGUCUGGUCACUGUCGCAUGGCUCUGUCAGCCCCUCGAUGACACAUUUGUGUACUACCCUGGCGGCUGGCAGGGGCAUGACAGUGCCUGGGGAGUGGACGUCGACACUCACAACUGGGCCCUGCCGGGAGCAAACUACAACAACAUGUACGCCCUGUGUGCAGUUUCGGAUCAAGACCUCAACGGGUGCCUGACCUCUCCUUGUGUUCAUGGAAGCUGUAUGAACGAUAUCGGGGGCUACACGUGUACCUGUGAGAACGGAUGGGAGGGGACCAACUGUGAUCAAGCUGUGUCAGACGCUGACGAUUGCGCGUCCUCCCCUUGUAUCCACGGAAUUUGCACUGACGGCUAUAUGAGCUACACCUGUAGCUGUGAGAACGGCUGGGAAGGGACAAAUUGUGAUCAAGACAUUGACGACUGCGCGUCCUCCCCAUGUGUACACGGAACCUGCACCGAUGACUAUAUGAGUUACACCUGUAGUUGUGAGAAUGGAUGGACAGGAACCAACUGUGAUCAAGAAAUCGAUGACUGCGCGUCCUCCCCAUGCAUCCAUGGAACCUGCACUGACGGCUAUAUGAACUACACCUGUAGCUGUGAGAAUGGCUGGACAGGGAAAGACUGUGAUCAGGUUGACCCUGAUGAGUGCGCGAGCAACCCUUGCUGGCUGGGAGGGACCUGUCUGGAUCACGUGGACGGCUACAGCUGUGUAUGUCCCAAAGAUUCCACCGGCAAGAACUGUGAAACCGGGGUUUAUGGCGGAGAAUGCUACUACUUCUCGUCCACCGCCCUGACCCAUCUUGAAGCGACACAUGCCUGCAGUGCCAACAGCGGCCGCAUGGUGGACGUGAGAGAAGAGCAGCAGCAACUCUCCCUCGCGGACAAGAUCGGGGCCUCCACCAGUGGCUACUACGUGUGCCAGUCCGCUCUCAAGCCCUGUGAACCAAACGUGUGUCAGAACGGCGGAAUCUGCACCUCCUGCUUCAACGAGACCACCACUUUCUGCGAGUGUGCUGAUGGAUUCGAAGGGAAGUUCUGCGAGAUAGACAUCGACGACUGUGCCUCCAAUCCGUGCCAAAAUGGCGGAACCUGUCAGGAUGGCAUCAACUCCUACAGAUGCCGCUGUCCAACCGGGUCCAUUGGAGCCAACUGUGACUCAGCAAUCGACUGGUGCCAGUUUACUCAUUGUCCGUUCAGUUGGACCUGCCAGGCGGCCACGUCCUCCUUCCAAUGCGUCAACCCUUAUCCCGUUGUCCGGGAGUUCCGUUACCAGUGCAGCAGCGCCUCCUGUCCGGAUGGCAUGUACUGCACCGAGGAGGGCGCUGCGUCUUUCUCCUGCACGGUUGAAUGACGUCACAGAGCGUCAGGCAUGCAACUU